AUGAACGUGCCUCGGGAGCUCUUCCCUCUUCCUCUUCCAUUUCCUGAUUCCAGUGGCAACGACUUCCUGGACAGCUCGGCUGCUUGCCGCGCGGUCCGUCGACGAGCCAACGCGAGUACUAAUUGGCGUUUGUGGGCCAACGAGACGACGAGGAGCCUCAACCGCGUGCACGGCUGCUCGGACUUCGACUCGACGGUCUUCAAGCCGUCGGUCGGCCAGCUGAAGAUUUUGGAGCGGAUCUCCGAUCUGGUGGCAUCAGCUGGCCCUCCGUCUUGCACUUCCGCGGAAGCUUUUCAUGAGCUCUGCGGCGCCCGAGCGGGGCCUGGUUGCGACCUGGUCGACGCCCCGAGGGCGAGGUACCAGCCAGGGUUGGUCUCGUUGCCUGAUGAGGGUGGCUUGACCGACGGCAGUGCUUGCUUACGUGGUGCUGCGCAUGGCUUCUGGUGCCGAUGGCAGGAACUCGUCUUGGCGAAGGAGCCGGCCUCUGAUGACAGUGUCCCCGAGAAGCCUCAUUCGGACUCUGCCUUUAUUCACAAUAAGUGGGAGUGCGCUAGAUUUUGCUCAUCGUUGUUCAACGCGAAUAUGUUGGAGGUUGGUGACUGCGAGGAGCCGACUGUCGGAGUCUUCUUUGCGCUGAAGAAGGAUCGCUCUCUUAGACUUAUCCUGGACACUCGGUGCGUCAACAGCCUCUUUGUGAAGCCGAAGCACACACACAUUUACCAUCGCCAGCGGCGUGGGCGGCCGUCCGCACUAGGGCUGACGCUCCACUCUACCUUGCUCAGAUGGACGUCAACAACGCCUUUUUCAGAGUGCGGACACCUCCUGGGCUCAGCAAGUUUUUUUCGGUUGCCGCCUGUCGACGUGGACGCCCUGCGAGCAGUGAAUCCUACUGCAGCCCAGGGCCUCUCGGGCAAGAGGGCCACCCCGCGCCUAUGCGUGCUUGCUAUGGGCUGGUCUUGGUCAUUGUACUUCUGUCAGGAGAUGGGGAGCACGGCCGCAAUGUCUGCUGUAUUCUUGGAUUCGGACAUGCUGCUGGACAAGCGCGAUAGCCCCAACUUUCGGGAGCUUCGGCUGAGCACCACCAAGGCCGCCGUCUAUGCGGACAACGUCGGCGUCUUCGGUCAGGACAAGUCCAGCGUCGACAACCGGAGCCAGGGCGCCAUUUCUGUCACACCGAAGCGUUUGUGGCGCGUCCGCCUGGCGUGCCUGCAUGCGCUGGGCCUUGGUCGCCUGACGGGAAAGGAGCUCCAGCUGCUGGUGGCCCACUUCACUUGGGCUGGUCUGAUGAGAAGGGAGCUCCUCUCGUUGCCUCAUGCCUGCUAUCGUUUCAUCGAGGGGGCCGGCGAGUCCAGGUGGAAGCUCCGGAACUCAGCGAGGGCAGAACUCCGCAUGAUGUGCUCGCUGAUCGUGUUCGCCUCUACUGACACGCGGCGGCCUUGCAGCCCUGUGAUCACCGCUACCGACGCAUCUACUGGGGAGGACGGCACCGACUUCGGCGGCUUCGGCGUGGUGCAGCGGGAGGUCUCAGUAGCUGAGGCUAGCCGCGCCUGCCGCAUUGCUGAAGGGUGGCGCUUCCUGGUGGAGGACGCUGUGGCGGCUCGUCGUCACGCACUGGAGGCUUACGAGUUCGCCGUUGCCGCUAGCGCUCUCGAGGGCGAGAAGAUCGACGACGCCAACUCGGAGGAGGGCUUGCCCAGCGGCGGCCGCAUCUUCGAGGAGAUCCCCCUCGACCUUGCUGGGCAGCAGGACGACUGGCAGUUGCGAGUCCGUGGCUCAAAGACCGCGGGCCUGUGCGGGCUCAUCCAGACCUCCGCGAUGUUGAGAAGCAUGGGCCUCCCGCGGAGGGGGAUUCCUCUCUCUCGGCGCUUCGACGAGCCGUCGAUCAGGAGGCCAGGGGGCGGGGCCGCGAGGCAGGAUCCUGCCAGAGGCGCCCCGAGCCAGGCCCGCCCAGUCGAGCCGCUGCCAGUGGACAUGGUGAUGCCGGACGGCGCGCCAGCGCGCAAGCGCCGACGCCAGCAGCGGCAGGCGGCGCACCUCGAGGGCGCCCGCCUCUGCAGAGAGCAGGGCGCCUUCUUCCUGGAGGUCAGCACCGUGCGCGGCGCGACAGCGGACCUCUACGACACCUACCUGGCCACCUUCGAGAGCUGGGCGGGCAUCGGCAUCCGCGAGAUGAUGGACGGAGCGCUAGACACCUACCUGCUGGACUACUGGGAGCACCUUCUACUUCGAGGGUACCCGCAGCUCCGCAAGGGUUGCCCGGCCGCCCCCACUCGCGCUCGCCAUGCGCUGCGGGGCUUUCGCCAGCUGGCGCCAGGCCGCAGCCGGGCGCCGCUUCCUUUCGUUGCUCUGAUGGCGAUGAUCGGCGCAGCUCUCUCCCAGGGCCUGACGGAUCUGGGCCUCGCCCUCUUCGUCUGUUUCAUCGGUUACCUCAGGCCUUCGGAGCUGAUCAAGCUAAAGGGCCCGCAGUUGGUUGCACCAGUUGCAGGCUCAGCGACACGGCAUUGGAUGCUGCUGCUGUCGCCAGCGGAGGAGAACGUCGGGAGCAAGACCCGCGAGUUCGACGAGAGCGUUGCCCUGGACUGGGACAUCAUCGAGGAGAUCGCGCCGAGGCUGGACGAGCUGAAGCGCAGGGCCGGCCAGGGGAACCUUUGGAACUUCACGCAGCUUCAGUUCGCGGAGCACUUUCGGACUCUGGCGGAGCUCAGCGGAGUGUCUGUGCUUCGCCCACACCCUUACUGUCUGUGCCACGGAGGCGCAAGUUACGACAGCCUCACGAAGCGUCGGACCCCCGAGCAAAUCAAGCGUCACGGGCGCUGGAAGGCCGACGCCAGUGUCAGCCGGUACAGCAAGCACGCGCGAGUGGCCAACGAGGCCACGAAGUUGCCUCUCGCCGCGCGCCGCUACGGCAACCUCAUCCAUCAGGACCUGGCGGCCUUCCUCAGGGGCGUGCGUUCGCCCCCGGAGCCCCCCGCUCUACCGCUGCAGCGCGCCCUCGUGCCGCAUCAACGGCAGAUUCGUUCAUGGCUUAAUUCACACCUUCGAUAUGCUAAACGACACGCUGGCUCGGCAACUGCAUAUCUGGACCUGUUCUCUGGUUCGGGCCGCACAGCCAGAUACUUUGAAAGCAUCGGGGGAGUGGGAUGCAUGAGGUUCGAUGUGCUGCGUGGGCUAGAGUUCGAUGUUACGAAUCGCACCGUGCAGCAGAUCGUCUUCGGGUGGAUUAGGAGCAAGCAGAUCCGCGGGGUUAUCG